GGGAACAAAAAUCGUUCCAUUUCAAUUUGUCUGCCCACCAUUUUAGUCUGCUUCGGAAACUUCCAAAAAACAAAUGGCGGUUCAGUUUUCCCUCCCUUUUCAAAAUCCCUCGAAUAAACUACCAAAACCCCCCCUUUUUCAAUUUUCCCUCUUUUCCUCAAAUCUCAAAUCUAAACCCUAAAAUCAUCAAAUCUCACUUAUUUUAACUUACCAUAUUCACUCCCAAAUCUCAAGUUCCAAUUUCUCAUUUAGUCGUCUCAUUCUCCUUUUCUUAACUUCACCCUCCUCUCUCUCUCUCUCUCUCUCAAUCCUUUAUGGGAACAAUCUCUGUUUCUUCGCCUCCAAACAGCCAAAGUUUAUAUGGGUCUUCUUCAAUUUCGCCUGUAAUGGCUGUUCCAAGUCAAAAUAAUGAUGGGUCUUUACCAUCUUCAAAGACAGAAACCCUAAAGGGUAAAUCUCUGGUUGUCUCCUCAUCAAAUCCUUUUGGGCCUUCGUCUUCUCUAUCCAGUGAUACGGAAAACGGUGAACCUGUGGACUAUUCAACUUCAUCAGUUUCAACCAUUUUGGCUGAUGAGGUUUCUUUAACUUCUUUGCAAACAGAAGCCAUACGCGACCAGUUUCUCUUGAACGAUUUAUCAUCAAAUCCAAAUAUGUCGGAGUCUUCUUAUAUACUUGACUCACAUAUUGAUUCAAGAGAUUAUGCUUCUGUGGUUUCUCCUAAUGGCAGUGAUCACUCACUACCUUCAUCGCUGGAAGCUCUUGAUGACCGGUGUUUGGUUGCUGAACCACUCGAUCAACGUCCAGUAGACACCCUGCCCGAUGAUGAUGGCGGUGAUUGUAAUGAACAAAUGGAAUUCGAGAAAAACCUUUCAAGUUCAUCAGGUUUAGGGCUUUGUGAAGAAGAUGAUUUUUGUGAUAAUGAACAGCAUCACGAGAACAAUGGAUUAUUUUGUGAGCAGCCAUACAAUCCUCAUGAUUGCGGCUGUAGUGAAUUUCACAGAUUUGGUUGUAGGUGCAGGCCGUGUGGCCGUGAUUGCCGAUAUAAUUGUUAUUCACGGCAGUAUAGUCCAUGGUAUCGUUCAAGACACAGCCCUUGGGCUGAUUCAUGGAACGGAGGAAACAGAGAGGAUAAGGAAUAUGUGCCUUUAGCCUUUUCACUUCCUUUGCCGGAACCUGUAGCUACUGGUGUUGGUGCUGGGCUAUCUAAUCUUGGCAACACAUGCUUUAUUAAUGCCAUCUUGCAAUGCUUUACACAUACUGUUCCACUUGUUAAGGCUCUUCAGUCCUGCAAUCAUUUGAGGCCUUGCCAGCGUGGUACUGGAGGAUUUUGUGUUGUUUGUGCUCUUCAUGAUCAUAUUAAGCUUUCUUUAGCUUCUUCAGGAAAGAUUAUUUCACCUUUGGAAGUUGUUGAUAACUUGAAUAAUAUUUCAUCUUGUUUCCGAAGAUAUCAACAAGAGGAUGCUCAUGAAUUCCUUCAAUGCUUAUUAGAGAAACUUGAAAGAUGUUGUCUGAAUGAUGAGAUCUCAUAUCCCCAAGACGAUAAUAUAGUGGAGCGGGUGUUUGGAGGUCGCCUUAUAAGCAAACUGAAAUGUUGCAACUGUGGUGACUGUUCCGAUAAAUACGAACCCUUGAUUGACUUGAGUUUGGAGAUUGAAGAUGUGGAAACUCUACAAAAUGCUCUAGAAUCUUUCACGAAGGUGGAAAAAAUUGAAAAUCUGGAUACGAAGUUUACAUGUGACAAAUGUAGGGAGGAAGUAUCUAGGGAAAAGCAACUUAUGCUGGACAGAGCUCCUUCAGUUGCCACUUUUCACUUAAAGAGAUUUAAGACAGAUGGAUCCUCCAUUGCAAAGAUUAACAAGCAUGUGGAUUUUCCAUUAGAGUUGGACUUGAAACCCUACACCAAUGGCAGUGAAGACAGUAAUGUGAAUCAGGUGGAUUUAAAGUAUCAACUGUAUGCAAUUGUGGUGCAUAAUGGAUUUUUACCCACUUCUGGGCAUUACUUCUCAUAUGUACGGUCCUCUCCUGACACAUGGCACAAGUUGGAUGACUCAAUGGUUGUUAAGGUUGAUGAGGAGAUCGUGCUAUCUCAAACUGCCUACAUUCUGUUUUAUGCCAGAGAGGGCACACCUUGGUUUUCCAGUUUGAUAGAAAGUCUGGAUCCUAUCAUUUCAAAUACCUCACCCAAGUCAGUUCUAGAUAGAAUGGAAACUGAAUGCAGUUUGUAUCAUAAUUUAGAGAAUGUUGAUCAUUGCAAAGACCAUGGAACUACAAGUGAUGUUGUGAGGACUUCAACCCACUUCUCAAUGACUACAGCAGUUGUAGAGGCUCAAAUGAAUGAAACAGGGAAUGAUGCUGAGGGGGUUUCUGCCAUGAUUUCUAAUGGAACUGGACAGAGUGGUCCACAGAUAUGUUCUGAUGAGUCCAGGAAUGAUAGUGAUAUCCCGAUGAAUGACGUUUCUGCUUCACUCGGAGUUGUGGAUUGGUCUAAUGGAACUGCAAAGAGUGAGAAGUUAGAAGAGACUAGGACUGAUAUCCCGAUGGAGGCUUCUGCUUCUCUAGGAGCUAGGGAUUGGCAUAAUGGACUCUUGAAGAGAGAGAAGCUAGAAGACAUUAGGGUUGAUGGAAUUUUGCACAGUGAGAAAUUAGGUGCUUUACCUCCUGUUAAAGAAAAUAACCUCUGCCAGGUAGUUCACAAUAUUGGAAGAAAGGACGGCCUUGGUCCAUUGACACCACCCAGAUCUCCGGUAGAUAUGAAUUCUGGAGGGCUGCCAGAAACAAGGCAUCAUAUCCGUCGAGAUCAUCUAAAAGUGGAGAAUUCCAGGCGAGAACAUCUAGAGAAUAUGGAGAACUGUAAAAAAUUAAAAAGGGGUGUCCGAGAUCAGAGACAUGAAGCUAUUAGAUACAUUAGUAAGAAUGUACCUAGUGCAAGGGGCAUAAGACUUAUGGCUGCUAUGCUUCCACGAAAUGACAAGAAAAGAAGAUUAAGAUCAUCGCCAUGUAAACAGGCUAGCCCUCCUAGUUCUCGCCAUAAACCGAAUCAGCGUCUGGCAGUUUUGCGUUGAGAGUUACAGUUUUGGUAUAUGUAAAGUCAAAUUUAGGUUUUCACUAGACUAUUUGGAAACACUGAUUUUGGAAUCAGAAUAGGGAAGUGCUUUCAGUUGCUCUCUUAAGUUGUACAGGAAUGUGGCUUAAGGACCGACUGCACUGAAAGAAAGUAUAUGGGAGGAUUUUAUGAAUCAGCUUUUAUUGGGAAUAUAAGAAUUUAGGUGUUAAAUUCAGUUCUUAAUUGAUUAAUGCUUUAUAUUGCAAAACGUUUACUUUAGUUUUAUAAUCAUGAAACGAAGGAUUU